GUUUUCGAGUUUAGUUGAGAAAAUACAUCGGCGCAGGUUGGACGUUUUGUGCAAUUUCUCUCGUUAACACUUUAAUUAGAAAAUCAUCUUUAGUUAAUUUUCACGUGUGUGCUUAUCUUUUGAGACACUCUCUUGCUAAUAUGUUAGUUUAUAGUGCCUAAUUCCGUGGCUAUUUUUCGUGGCUUCUCAAUAAAUCGUCUUCAAAUAAAAUCUACAUACAUACCUUUGUAGAGAGAGAACCCGAAGUGACUGUCUAAAGUUGGAGAUUUAAAAAAAAGUUAAUAAGGUCUUUUAUAUCUCACGAGAGUGAAUGAAUGCACGGAGGCAGGAAAAAUAGAGGAAAAAAAGUGUGUGAUUGAAAAUGGGACUUGAAUGAUAAAUAAAUUAAUAUAUGGAAAGAGACACAUCAACUUAUAUCCCAGUGUAAUUGGUCAAUGAGAAAUUUUUCGUAGAGUUUAAUUGCACACAGUCUUUGGCACCAAGAGUGGUGUGUUGUGAAAGUUGCCGAAGCCGCUUACUAAAUAGCCCAAGAGUGUUGCUUUUUGAAAACCUCUGUCACUUUCUGCGGUGUGUGUGUCACAUAAAUCGCACACUUUUCGGCUCAAUUUCUUACCACGGAGCCUCCACAAUCCACAUACCUACCAAAAAAAGAUCCACGAAAACCGAAAUAUUUUUCAUUACUGUGUAGACACGUUAGCAUUUAUUAAGCACACGGCUGCACCUUAAAGAACAAUUCAACAAGUGGAUGAUAUCGAAAAACAAUUCUUGUGGCACCCUCGAGCGUGCGAGCUGAAGAAGUUGAAGGUAUACUCUCUAAAAAAUCGAGAGGUUCCCAAUCAAAUGCCACAGAAAUUGAUGACGUCAGUGUGUGUAUUAACAAAAGAAGUAUCUGAAGACGCUGCAUGAAUCAGAGAAUUGUGAAGGACGUGAUUUAUUUGGAUUGGCAAUAAAUACAUUUCACUGUUGUACCCACAAAAUUCCCAGCAUUGACUCAUACUGUACGUUGCAGUACAUUUUAUAUUUUCCUACAAAGAAGUAAAAAGAUGAAAGAGGACCACUCUUGAGGAGAAGACUACAAGGAAUUGCAAAAAAAGAAGUUUUUAAUAAAAAAAAUAAACCUAUAUAAAUAAAUAAAUUAGCAACGAAGCGUUAUAAAUUGGAGGCGAAGUGAAGUGCGAUGUUUUCUUGUAAAUCGUCCAAUUGAACAACAUUAUAAUUGCAUGAAGAGAUACGGAGAUUUGUGAGAGAAGACUGUGUGGUGUACUAUGCGAAAGAGAAGAAACGAAUGAAAAAGUGGAAGGAAUUAAACGAGGAAGAUUAACCAUAUAAAUCGCAUACAACUGACUCCAUCAUCAAUCACAUUGUGCCUUAUAAUAAUCUAAAAGCUCUUUUGGAUGAAGAAAUGGUUCACAACCCGUAGAAGACGACAAAUUAACUUGUGUAUUGGUCUUUUGUGCAAUUAGCUGCACCACUGCAGAUGGUUUGUUUUGAAAUUUCACUGGAAUUUCACUUUGGGACACACAUUUACUCAACCUGGGUCGAUUUCCCUUCAAUUUCACCAAACACGAUCCGCAAUACAGUGAAGACGACAUAGUCACCGGUGUGCAGAUAAGAAAAAUCAUCCAGAAGAUCCAUCAUUCACGACGGAUUUUCACCUGCAACAGAUUGUUAUAAUCUUAGCGCAUCGCUUCGUGGGGGAGCAAUAUUGGAGAAAAGAAGAAAUUAUCUCGAGUGAAAAUUACAUAGUCUUUUGAUGUGCGCUUCAAGUGAAUUUAAUAGACAGUAUCUGCGUCAGUAAUAGCAUCGUCAUACCACGACUCAAAGAGAUUCAAAGUGAAAAUGCUGGAUCCGGACUUGGAUGAGUACCUCUCGGAAUAUAGGCUUCAGACACCCGUUGAACCAAUCAGCCACUAUGCAGAUGGUGAAUUGGAGGCUCAGUGGUUGAUGGCGGCUGGAUUCCCACAUUUGACACGUGCUUUCGAAGAGGGUCGUGAACUUCCGACUUCCGUACUUUCGACCGCCCUCUCUGGACUUUCACAGUCGCAUGCAGAAGCGGUCAAACAGAGAGUAAAAGCCUUAAAUAGGACGGUCCGUGGCCGCACAAGGUCGCGCCAUCAAAGAAAACCGGAUAUCAGAGAUGUCUUUCGCGAUGUCGAUACAUCGAGCACGGGAACGCGAUCAAGAAGUGCAACACCAGAUUCACUUGACUCAAUCCCCGGAGAUGAACAUUGGAAUACUAAUCAGCAAGUGCCUAACUUCGUAUCGAUAUUCGAUGGAGGUGCCACUCUGCCCACCCUACCGCGGAGCAAACAGAAUCUUCGACGAACACCAAGUGCGCCUCUUCGGGGGUCUGCUGAGCUUUUCCGCGGUUCACAUGUCCGCUGCGAUAUUCCCUUCUUCACGGAAGGCAUCGAAUUGGUGGGCUUCCAGCGCUUAGGCACCAUUCACAUCCCACGUGUGCGCUCUGGCUCAGAUCCCUCCGUAGGACGACGCAAUGAUGAUCGUCUUCUCACCGGGAGGCUAUAUGACGUUCGAAAUGGGGACUCAUCGCAGUCUUCAUCUCCCCUCGAAAGUCCCACGAAUUCCCCGCCACGCAGCAGCCCGCUUGAGUCAGCAGCAGAAGAAGACUCACCGGCAUCGAGGCGUUCCCCCGAACCUGUCAGCUUCGAAGGGCUAUGCCGCGAGAGUGAGAGUACAGGAAGCAGUAUCUGGACACAUAGGGAACCGUGUUGCGAUGUAGAUGAUCUCUGUGAGAGUGACUUGAAGAAAAUUCAAUCACUGCUCUGGCUUGAAUUGGCGGCACUCUUCGAUCGUCACCAUAUUGUCCUGGACAAGAGAAAGCCGUUCAAGCGGAAAAAGAAGGAGGAGGGAAAUGUAUUUGGUGUAUCAUUGAAUGCUCUCGUUCGGAGGGAUCAGCAGAUCACGGGAGAAGACACAUCCCUUGUGCCACUCCUUCUGCAGGGUCUUUUGAAGGAGCUCGUAAGCCGCGGUGCCAAAGAGGAGGGAAUUCUCCGUGUUGCUGGCAACAAACAGAAGAUUGAACUUGUUUACAAUGAAUUGGAACAAAACUUUUACUCCAAACCGGAGAAAGUUGAACCGCUUCUCCGGCGCUGUGGGGUCCACGAUCUCAGUGCUAUUCUCAAGAGAUGGCUCCGUGAAUUGCCGCAGCCACUCCUGGCCAAUGACUUGAUUCAUCUCUUCUACCAAACACAUGCCAUUCCGCCUGAAGAUCAGGGAAAAGCUCUGUCGGUGCUAUGUCUUUUGUUACCUCACGAAAAUCGCAAUACCUUGAGGGCUUUCCUAGAAUUUCUAAGGACCGUCGUGGCACUUCAGUCUUUCAAUAAGAUGUCUAAUCACAACGUGGCCACAAUUAUUGCACCAUCGCUCUUCCCGCCAAGAUUUGUUCAUCCGGGAGACAAGAACGACAUUGGUGCACAAGUACGGAUGGCAGCACAAUGCUGUCGCCUGACGGAUAUCCUUAUUAGUCAGGAGGAAUCUCUGUGGAUGGUACCGCAGCGAUUACUGAAUGAAGCGAGAUCAAUGAAUAAGCCCAGGCUGACCAAGAGCAAGGCGCGCAAAACGAAGAGUGAAUCCAGCGCAGAGAUCCGCAUCAACCACAAUCCCAGCCACAUCCAUAGGCUCGUCGUAUGAUAAGUUGCUAAAUAUCUAAAAGUCAUCUCAAUAAUAUUUGUGUCUCAAAAACACAUAGAGCCUAUAUUAUCAUGUAUUUAGUUCCACGCCGUGCUACCACAAUCGAAAUGCUGAGAAUUUCAUAAAUUUAAGGAUCUUCUAUUUUAAAUAUUCAAUUGUUUAAUGAUCUUUGGAUCAUUUUAAUGGAUUAUGAGAAAAUCAACAGACAUGAAAUCCAGAAUACUUCAUCGUUUUCCAUACAAAUGGUAACUUUUACAUUUUUUGCUCUAGCGGUUACAAUUUUUAAGAUAUCGACUUGAUAUAAAAAGCAAAUAAAACUUUUUGAGUUUACGCAUCUUUUGGUGGCAGAAGUUUUCAGAUAUCUCAAUCCAAUCAAAAGUUAUUCGCGGUUAAAAUCAUGCCCUAAUUUCCUGGCCACCCUGUAGUUUAUUUUAUCCUUUUCUUCUAUAUUGGUCAAGUCUUGAAGUGUAAAUUGUGAGUUCCGCAGAGGAAAUAUUUUUAGUAAGUGUAUGUGCUGACUCAAAUUUAAACAAGUCAAUUGAUAUUUUGCUAGUUUAUCGAGUUUUAGUUUGCUAAGAACGAAUGUCAAGUCAUAUUAAUAAAAUUUUGCAUAUAAAUUAAA